AUGACUUACGGAUCUAGAGACCAACAAUACAACCAAGACAACUACGGAUCUCGUGGCGGCGACUUCCGUGGCGGAAGAGCCUCUGACAGAAACUCCUGGAGCAGAGACGGCGGUUCGUCGAACGGCGGAGGUCGUGGCGGGUUCUCCCGUGGCGGUGGUUUCAACCAACCUCAAGAACUAAUUGCACCAAACUGGGAUGAAGAACUACCAAACUUGUCCAAGUUUGAGAAAAACUUCUACGUCGAGCACGACACUGUCCGUGAUCGUUCUGAUGCGGAAGUCACUCAAUUCAGAAAGGACAACGAAAUGACCAUCUACGGUAAGGACAUUCCUAAGCCAAUUACCUCCUUCGAUGAGGCUGGGUUCCCAGACUACGUUUUGACUGAGGUCAAAGCCGAAGGUUUCGAGAAGCCCACUGGUAUCCAAUGUCAAGGUUGGCCUAUGGCUCUUUCUGGUAGGGACAUGAUUGGUGUCGCUGCUACUGGUUCCGGUAAGACUUUGUCGUACUGUUUGCCAGGUAUUGUGCACAUCAAUGCCCAACCUUUGCUAUCGCCAGGCGAUGGUCCAAUUGUGUUGGUGUUGUCACCAACCAGAGAGUUGGCCGUUCAAAUUCAACAAGAAUGCUCCAAGUUUGGUAAAUCAUCAAGAAUCAGAAACACCUGUGUCUAUGGUGGUGUUCCAAAGGGUGGUCAAAUUAGAGAACUAGCAAGAGGUUCCGAGAUCGUCAUCGCUACUCCAGGUAGAUUGAUCGACAUGUUGGAAAUUGGUAAGACUAACUUGAAGAGAGUUACCUACUUGGUGCUAGAUGAAGCCGACAGAAUGUUGGAUAUGGGUUUCGAACCUCAAAUCAGAAAGAUUGUUGACCAGAUUAGACCAGACAGACAAACUCUUAUGUGGUCUGCUACUUGGCCUAAGGAGGUGCAGCAAUUGGCCAGUGACUACUUGCACGACCCUAUUCAGGUCAACGUCGGUUCUUUGGAACUGGCUGCUUCUCACAACAUUAAGCAAAUCGUGGAAGUUAUUUCUGAAAUGGAAAAACGCGAUCGUUUGCUAAAAUACUUGGAAUUGGCUUCGGAAGACAAGGACUCCAAGAUUUUGAUCUUUGCUUCGACUAAAAGGACUUGUGACGAGGUUACCAGAUAUUUGAGAGAGGACGGGUGGCCCGCUUUGGCUAUCCACGGUGACAAAGCUCAGAACGAGCGUGACUGGGUUUUGCAAGAAUUCAGAACAGGAAGGUCUCCUGUUAUGGUAGCAACUGAUGUUGCCGCCAGAGGUAUUGAUGUCAAGGGUAUCAAUUACGUUAUCAACUAUGAUAUGCCAGGUAACAUUGAGGAUUACGUGCACAGAAUUGGUAGAACUGGUAGAGCCGGUGCUUCCGGUAAUGCCGUUUCUUUCUUUACUGACGCCAACAAGGGUUUGGGUUCUCAAUUGAUCGGAAUUAUGAGAGAAGCCAAGCAAGAAAUCUCUCCAGAGUUGAGCAGAUUUGACAGAAGACAAUAUGGUGGCCACCCAAGAUACGGACGUGGCGGCUUCGGAGGCCGCGGCGGCGGUCGCGGUGGUCGUGGUGGCCGUGGUGGUUACGGUGGUGGCCGUGGUGGUAAUGGCGGAUUCAAGCCUAGAUGGUAA